ACAUAAAUUUGUUGAAAAAAAAAAGGAUUCUAGUAUGCGAUUUGAACGAGGAACCUUCGCAAAAUCUAAAAACUUUGCGAGCUAUCGACAUAAGGAAUAAACGAUCGAAAGCUAUUGUUCAUUUUGCUUAAGCUUGCAUCAGUCUAUGCAUUGGAAAGUCAAGAUUACGAAAUAAGAAAUUGGAAUUCAAUUUAUCAGGAUAAAUUUGCAGAUAUUUUGCGUGAGUUAAUAUCAAGAAAGCGACUUGAAGCGAAGCAAAUUUGUUCAAUCGGUCUUGGUAUAACCGAUGCGGAGACUCAACGCGAGUCUCCUAUACAGAUCGCUUGAACAUGCAGAUGCAAGAGGUCGAAGGCGCGGAUGGCUCACCGUGGAACAACUCGAGUGGCUGUGAUGAGGAGCGCAGGCCAGCUCAAAAGGAGAGUAAAAAGUCAAAUGUAUUGCCUUUGUGGGGCAAUGAAAGGACUAUGAACUUGAAUCCUUUGAUCCUCACCAACAUACAAUCGUCACAUUAUUUUAAGGUGAAUUUAUACGAGCUCAAGACCUAUCACGAGGUGAUUGAUGAGAUCUACUAUAAGGUCUCUCAUCUGGAACCAUGGGAGAAGGGUAGCAGGAAAACUGCAGGUCAAACUGGCAUGUGUGGAGGCCGGUUCAUGCAGGUACGAGGCGUUGGAGCUGGCGGCAUCGUUUCUACCGCAUAUUGCCUGCUGUACAAACUCUUCACACUGAGGCUAACCAGGAAGCAACUUAAUGGACUUAUCAAUCAUCCAGAUUCACCUUACAUUCGCGCCUUGGGAUUCAUGUACAUUAGAUAUACACAGCCACCGGCAGACUUAUUUAGCUGGUACAGCGACUACUUGGAGGACGAGGAGGAGCUCGACGUGAAAGCGGGCGGCGGUCAAGUGAUGAAGAUGGGCGACAUUCUCAAACAGUUUCUUACAAAGCUUGAGUGGUUCUCCACGCUAUUUCCGCGGAUACCUGUACCGAUCCAGAAGGAUCUGGAGUUGCGACUGGCUGAGCGGUUUCCACAGCAGCAAGUAAACGCGCGUAACGCUAAACCGCCGAUCACGCUCAAUAGUCACGGCAAGUACGGCGGUAAAGAUGGCCGCAAGGACAAUGGCAAUCUGACAUCUCGCAAUCAGCAGCCUCGACAUAUCCCCGACAGUGAAGCUCAAUGGGGCGAAGCCGAGCGUACGAGCCACUGGCAUGCCAGAUCUGACGACGAUCGUAAGGACAAGAACAGGGAGCGCGAUCGAGAGCGAGAGAGAUUGCGAGAGCGCGACAGGGAACGAACUCGUGAACGAGAUCGCGAAAGGGAUAGACACAAUAGAAAAUCCAGUAGCCGUGACAGAAAUAGGAGACAAAGGGACUACAGAAGUCGUAGUAGAGAUAAAUCACACAGAGAUCGAAGCAGGGAGCGUCACCGCGACAGAGACCGAUAUCGGGAUAGGAGAAGCUCACCGUACGAUUACGCCACAGAAUUGGCACGGGAGCGUGAGAGGCAACGAAGGGAAAGGGAAUAAGAAGCGAAGGCGUCUAUGCACUUUGUAUAUAUUUAAUUAUUUGUACGAACUAUGUAACUAUGUAUGGGGAUUGAGAGAGAUACGACAAGCCGAGCCACCAUCAUCACCAACAUGUACACUUUGUGCGUUUUCGAGAACGCAGCCUAGGUCUAACUCGUCUAUAUUCACAGACUAUGUAGUUUACAUGUUUUUAUAAAAUAAAUUCUUCUCCGUCA